GACGGCAAAUAGAGCAUUAAUUUCGGUAUUCUUCUGCUUUUUCUCUCUCUUUCCUCUCUCGAGGGCAUUUUCCUUUGCUUUCGCUCUCGACUGUCUUCCCUCUCGUUCUCGCUUCCAGUGGUCUUUCUCUACUCUCGCUCUCGGUCUUGGUCGGAUUCUCGAUCUCUCUCUUCUUUGCCGCUCUUUGUUUCCUCAACUGCUUUCGUGUGCCACUUCCGAUUAAUAGCGUCAGGACGAUUGAUCGAGACCCACCUAUCUAUCUUUCCUUGAAAUCCAAUCGUCAGAGAAUGAUCAAUUUUUGGACAAUUUCGGACGAGAUGUGGUGCACAUAUAUAUGUGAUGAAAAAGAGCCAAAGGAGAGAGUUUGUUUAAUAGUCCACAAAAAUCUUAGAGUGAGAGAGAGAGAUGGAGGAGAGAGGAAAAAAGGUUCAUGUAUUGGUAAUUCCAUACCCAACCCAAGGCCAUGUCAACCCUAUGCUCCAAUUCUGCAACCGCUUGGCCUCCAAAGGAGUCGCCACCACCGUCGCUUUGGCGGCGGCGCCGUUCUUCACGCAGCCGUCCGCCGUCAACUUAAUUUACUACUGCGUUCAUAAGGGGUUGCUGAAGGUGCCGAUUUCGGAGGAGUCGUCGUCGGUCCCUGGGUUGCCUCCGCUUCUGCCGGCGGAGAUGCCGUCGUUCAUUUACGUUGGUGGGUCUUAUCCACAGUACUUCCAUUUGGUGUUGAAUCAGUGGUUAAAUGUGCACAAAGCUGAUUGGUUCAUCGUCAACUCUAUCUACGAGCUCGAGCCUCAGGCGGUGGAAGAAAUGUCAAAAAUUGGUCCCACAUUGACAAUAGGGCCAACAAUUCCAUCUUUCUACAUAGACAACCAUAACGAAAAUGACAAGAAAUAUGAGCUGAAUCUCUUCUCAAUCAAGCCUGAGGAGGCAUCUUCCACAACCAAAUGGCUCGAAACCAAACCAAAAGGCUCCGUCGUGUACAUGUCAUUCGGCAGCUUGGCCAACAUGAGCAUAAUUCAAAUGGUAGAGCUUGCAGUCGGAUUAAUCGAGAGCAACUACUUCUUCAUCUGGGUGGUUAGGGAAUCAGAAGAGUGGAAGAUUCCGAAAGGCUUUGUAGCGGAGAAGGGAUUGAUUUUGAAAUGGUGUUCCCAAAUAGAAGUGUUGUCGAACGAAGCCGUUGGGUGCUUCUUCACGCAUUGCGGGUGGAACUCGACGCUGGAGACCUUGUGCUUGGGCGUGCCAAUGGUGACCAUGCCGCAGUGGACGGAUCAACCGACGAUCGCCAAGUACGUCGAGGAUGUUUGGAAGGUUGGCGUGAGAGUGAAGGUGGGUGAGGAUGGGAUUGUGGGGAAGGAAGAGAUCAAAGCUUGUAUUGGAACAGUGAUGGAGGGAGACAGAGCCAUAGAGUUCAAAGAGAAUGCUUUGAGAUGGAAACAAGUUGUCCUGCAAGCACUUGGAGAAGGUGGCAGUUCCAUGAAGAACAUUGAUCAGUUCAUUUCCAGCUUGAGAGAGAAGAUAUCUGAUAAUUGAGGUCUAAGCACUUUCAGCAUUCAUCUAUCUUGCGGAUGCAUUUAAAAAAUGAAUCAUAUGAUCUCUAAACUUUUAAUUAUGUAUAUCUUCCGUUGUUAUCAUUAAAAUUAAUACAUGAACAUAAAUCAAAAAUAAAAUUUCAUCUACUCUUUCCUCUUGAAGUUGGAGAUUCAAAUA